AUGAAGACUCUGACUCUCCUCUUCAUCUCUGCUCUGCUGUCAGUGUGCUGGUCCAUGGGAGCUGUUGAACCGGAGGUGAUCGUGGACCCCGAGGCCGACACAGCUUCUGACGCUGCAACUGCCGACCCAGGAACCGCCGCCCCCGAUACAUCCUCAGAGUCCUCUUCCUCCUCCGAGUCGGAUUCGUCCUCAGACUCUUCAGCAUCCUCUUCGUCAUCUUCCUCGUCCUCUGAGUCCUCCGAGUCAUCUGAAUCUUCCGAGUCUGACUCCUCUGCCUCUGACUCUGCAUCUGAUUCCUCCUCUUCUUCUUCUUCAUCCUCAUCAUCUUCAUCAGAGUCAGCCAGUGCUGAGGUACAACAAAACGGUGAUGCUGACACGGCGGCCCAAACGGACGCUCCGAUUGUGAUGAAGAGAGACCUGGCGGCUGUUCUCCUGAGGAGCAGAAGAGCCCCAGGAGGAGAGCUCACCCCUCUGCAGCUGGAGAGCCUGAGAGAGGUGUGCGAGGUUAACGUGGACUGUGAUGAGAUGGCCGACUCUCAAGGCAUCGUCGCAGCAUACAUCGCCUACUACGGACCCAUCCCCUUCUAAACUCCAAAUCCUGACCCUCCUUUUUUUCUUACCUGCAUAAGAACUGUUUUUAAGCUGUCAUUUUUUUAUAAAACAACAACCACCCCACUCUCAAUCCAGACAAGGAGCAGACAAUCACGGGAAAAAAAAAGAAAAGAAAAAGCAAACAACAAAAAUGAGUUAGGCCCAUUGUUUGAUGCCAAUGGAGAUCAUUUUAGGCUCAAAUCUCUACAGUUGUGGCCAGUUUUGAUGGAGCUGUAUGAGAAAAAGCACCUCCUGCAGGCUUACUGAAUGAGGCACAUGGAAACACAAACCUGUGAAGCAUGCAAUAGCCGCCCCAAAUUAAUAAGAAAUUAAUUAUUGUCCACAUUUAUAAUUUAGUUUUAUAAAUGGUGCUAUGAAUGCAAAUGUAUUGUAUGUUGAUGUUUUGUGUUUUAAUAUUGUGCUUUACUGUUUCUAUAGCUUUAAAAAGUACUUAAUCUUACCAGUGGAUUUAGCGCUGUAGAUUAGUAGUAGUGUAUUGAUAGUGAUUGUAGUUGUAGUGUACAGUGUGAGAAAUGCACAUCAGUUAUCUGAAAUGACUGUAACCACAAAUUGCCUCUGGGUU